AUGGGUGUGCUGGAUUUCGCGGCGAUAGGCGCACCGGAGAAGACCAGAUCCCUCGUCGCCGACCACCCGCAGCGCCACAUGCACAAGGGCGGCACCGAUGGGGACGCACUCGCGCGCAUAGAGACGCGACGCCGCCGAUCGGUGGGUCAUGGCGGCGGCCCGCCCGGGCGGCCAAACAGCCCGGCGUCGCCUGCUGAGCCGCCCACGACGCCGCUGCGGGCGCCCGAGGCGAGAUCCAGGAGCAAAGGCGACGUGGCGCCGCGCUCCCCUCCUCCAGACCGCGAUAUUAGGCAAGCGGACGACGAGGAGGCUCAUGAACCCAGGGUCCAGUUUUUAGCCCCAGGGACUUACUUCUUAAAUGACUUUUCAGAUACAGAUUCUAGUGUUAGUGUUAGUAACUCAACAUACAGAUCGAUGACCCCAAGCCCCACAGAGAGUCCUACUUGUGCGGCGAGGCAGAAUGAUGCUUCUGAUAAUGGUGCAAUUGCAGCAAUCGACUCAGAUGAUGCUCAUGACCUGGCUGAUGUUAGCAUAGCUGAGAACAGCAAAGCAAGCCAUGUGCCAUCCUGUAUCUUCGACUUUGGUGAUAAUAUUUGGUGCCCACCACCGCCUGAAGAUGAGAUUGAUGAUGCUGAAUCGAGGUUAUUUGGAUUCGAUGACGACGAUGAUGAAAUUGGGGAUUCCAACAACACUUUUGCCCCAAGUUGUUUCAGUGCUAAAACUAAUAGAGCAACUGGUGUCAGCAAUAUCAAUUGUGGGUCCCACCAAGAGAGUGUUCAGAAGGAUCUAUUUAGGCAUUUUCAAGCUCUAGUUGCACAGUUACUGAAGGCGGAAGGUGUUGGGUUGGCCAGUGAGAAGGAUUCCAAAAUCUGGCUUGAUAUUGUGUCCUCGUUAGCAUGGCAAGCCGCUUACUUUGUGAAACCUGACACCAAGAAAGGCGGCAGCAUGGAUCCUAGUGAUUAUGUGAAGAUCAAGUGCAUAGCAUCUGGGAACCCAACUGAUAGCAAUUUUAUAAGAGGAAUUGUUUGCUCCAAGAAUGUAAAACACAAACGCAUGGUCUCAGAGUACAGUAAUGCCAAAUUGCUCAUUUUAGGAGGUGCACUUGAGUACCAGAAAGCUUCUAAUAAGUUAGCAUCAAUUGGAACUAUACUCGAACAGGAAAAGGAAUAUCUACGAACUGUUGUUGGAAAGAUUGAGUCUAGGAAACCUAAUGUGCUGAUAGUUGAGAAGAGCGUCUCAUCUUAUGCCCAGGAGCUCUUAGCGAAAGAUAUCUCAUUAGUUCUGAAUGUAAAGAGGACACUUUUGGAGAGAAUAUCAAAAUGCACGGGCGGUCAGAUUGCCUCGUCAAUUGAUAACAUUGCUUCAGCAAGGCUAGGGCAAUGUGACAUGUUCAAGGUGGAAAAGGUUCUGGAAUCAUUUGCAUCAGGACAUGCAGAGAAGAGACCAACACCGAAAACGCUGAUGUUUUUUGAAGGCUGUCUGAAGCACCUGGGUUGCACGGUUCUACUAAGAGGAGAUUGUCGAGAAGAAUUGAAGAAGAUUAAGCAUGCAAUGCAACUGGCAGUGUUUGCUGCUUAUCAUCUGUCCCUCGAGACAUCAUUCCUUGCUGAUGAGGGCGCAACAAUUCCACAAGUUCUUUCAGUAACUGCAAUGGGUGCACAACAAGCAUGGACCAAUACAGAUCACAUUUCUGCUAAGUCUGCUGAUCGUGAUACUACUGAUAGUCUCAGAGCUGCGGAAGAGAAAUGCCCACAGACUGCUGCCAUCACGCAAAUGUUUGAUGGUAUUUCUGCAUCACCGCCUUCAUUACGAUUGGAUGGGCAAAGCCUUGGAAGUGCACUUGAGUGUACCGAAUCUGAAUCUCCUGUUAAUCAUGCCAAUUCUCUGAAUGCCGUUAAUGCCUGCCAAAAGGCUGUCUUGGCAAAGAUACCCGUGGAUUUAUGUCAUUUGGAAAACAGUGGGAGUGGCCUACCACCAGAUGACUUCCAGGCAGGAGGCCUAGAUAACCAGAACAGGCUUUCAUGUAGCUACUUACCUGGUACUGAUAAUCAUCAGAGCAUCUUAGUUUCCCUCUCAAGCACCUGUAUCCCCAAAAACUUAGCAUGUGAGCGUUCCCACCUCUUCCGCAUCAAGUUUUAUGGUAGCUUUGAUAAGCCACUUGGGAGAUACCUUCGCGAAAACUUAUUUGACCAGGCAUAUUGCUGUCCGUCAUGCAAGGAGCCUUCAGAAUCACAUGCCAGAUGCUACAUGCACCAGAACGGCAGCCUAACAAUAAGUGUUAGGCGUCUCUUAUCCCAAAAGUUGCCAGGUGAACACGAUGGAAGGAUAUGGAUGUGGCACAGAUGUAUGAAGUGCAAAUUUGAAGAUGGAAUGCCGCCUGCUACACAUAGAGUGGUCAUGUCUGAUUCUGCUUGGGGUCUAUCCUUUGGGAAGUUUCUAGAGCUCAGCUUUUCUAAUCAUGCAACUGCCAACCGAAUUGCGAGCUGUGGGCACUCUCUACAACGGGACUGCCUUCGUUUUUAUGGGUAUGGAAAUAUGGUAGCAGCCUUCCAUUAUAGUCCCAUGCUUACUCGAUCAGUUAACCUCCCACCCUCGGUGCUGAAUUUCAAUUGCCACGGCAUGCAAGACUGGGUGAAAGGAGAAACAGUCAUGGUAUUUGAUGAAAUGGAAUCCUUACAUUUGGAGGUAUAUGGUUUCCUUAAUAGUAUUGAGAGGAGUAUCAUUACCAUGGAUGAGCCAGUAAAAACAGGUAUACGGAGGCAGAUUAUAGAGAUGAAGGAUUUGCUUAACAGGGAAAGAAAUGAAUACGAGGGUUUGCUUCUACCAGUUAUAAAGGGGAGUGUUCAUUCCAUGAAAUCAACUAUUGAUACUUUGGAACUCAACCGUGUGAGACGUGGUCUCCUCCUAGAUGCAUACGUUUGGGACUGCAGGUUGUGUAACAUUGAUUCGCUUAAAGCAAAUGGCCAUAUUGCCAGAACUGAUUCUUCCAAUCCAGAAAAUCUCCAAGCCACCAGCAUAAAGGAAGAUAAAUCUGAGCUACUGACGACUGUUACACAGCAUGGAGAAACACAUGAAGGACCUGCUACAUACAGAAGGUGCUCCUCUGGAAGUCCAAGGAGAUCUCUACUAUCCAGAGAGGCCUCAAUAGAUAACGGGAAUAUCUUGGUUGAAACAAGUUUGCCGAUUGGGCAGGUGGAUGGUGUGAGUGGUGCAGGGGAUCUUGACGUGGUCUUUAGCAAAUUCAGUGUGUCUGAAAAUGGACAGUGCCUUUCCAUGAAUUCCGUCGAGACGGUACCAGUCGAGAGGUUACCCUCUCUUGCAUCUAUUUUAUCUGAUAAAAUAGAUAUGUUAUGGAGUGGAUCUACUGAAGCACACUGCAGUCUUCCACAAGAUUUGAUCAAAGCUGAUGGGAAGGGGUCUUUUAAUUUGUUGGGCAAUCCAAGCUACAAGAAGGCAAUCUCCCCAGUUCGAGUCCAUUCAUUUGAUUCUAUAUUCAGAUUGCAUGAACGGGAACAAACUGGAUUGUUGCCUGCUUCAUUACAUUUGUCCUUGAAAAUGAGAUCAGUUGAUUCCUUUAGAGAUUUGACAAGCCUUGUGAAGGAUCCGAUGACAAACAUGCGCAGGGCUUUUUCUCAAAUAUCUCCUAGAUCAAGGGGAAACUUAAAUGUUAUUCUUACUCGUGCACCUACAUAUCUCAAAUCUGCUUCUCAUAUGGUGAGUGAUGGGGCACGGCUGCUGCUGCCUCAUAUUGGUUCUGAAGGUGCCCUUGUUGUUGCUGUCUAUGAUGAUGAGCCAACCAGUAUCGUAUCAUAUGCCAUGACGUCACAAGAAUAUGUUGAGCAUGUUACGCAUAAACUGGAUUCAAAAUCCAGCUUUCAACAUAUGUCAAAUUGCUCCGCGGUCAGCAGUAACGGACUUGAGAAAGCUUUGCCUUCACAAGGAGCCCACUUUAAGUAUUCGUUUGACGAUGAAGCAUUUUGUGCAGAUAAUACAAAGUUUUCAGUGACUUGUUAUUUUGCAAGGCAGUUUGCUUCACUUAGAAAGAAGUGCUGUCCAAGUGAUGUUGAUUACAUACGUUCACUCAGUCGCUGUAAAAGAUGGAGUGCUGAUGGUGGAAAAAGUAAUGUUUACUUUGCAAAGACAAUGGAUGAGAGAUUCAUAAUUAAACAAGUCACCAAGACGGAGCUAGACUCUUUUGUUGGGUUUGCUCCUCACUACUUCAGGCACUUGACUCAAUCAUUGACUUCUGGAAGCCCAACUUGUCUGGCCAAAAUAUUAGGAAUUUAUCAGGUUAAUAUCAAGGGCUUGAAAGGAGGGCGUGAGGUUAAGAUGGAUCUUAUGGUUAUGGAGAACAUUUUCUUCCAGAAAACAAUAUCGAGGGUGUAUGAUCUAAAGGGUUCCGUGCGUUCACGCUAUAAUUCAGAUACAUCUAGCAACAAUAAAGUACUUUUGGAUUCUAAUCUCAUUGAGGAACUACAUACAAAGCCUAUAUUUUUGGGCCGUAAGGCGAAGCGAACAUUGGAAAGAGCUGUCUGGAAUGAUACAUCAAUUCUUGCGUCGUUGGAUGUCAUGGACUACUCGCUUCUGGUCGGCAUUGACGAGGAGAAGAAUGAACUUGUGAUCGGCAUCAUCGACUUCCUACGACAGUACACCUGGGACAAGCAGUUGGAGACGUGGGUGAAGGCCUCAGGCAUCCUAGGCGGCCCCAAGAAUGAGACCCCAACUGUCAUUUCGCCGGUCCAGUAUAAGAAGAGGUUUAGAAAGGCCAUGUUGAGGUACUUCAUUGCCAUCCCCGACCAAUGGUCCUCUUGA